AUGAGCUCCUACUUUGUCAACCCCCUGUUCUCCAAAUACAAAGGCGGCGAGUCCCUGGAGCCGGCCUACUACGACUGCCGCUUCCCGCAGAGCGUGGGCCGGAGCCAUGCGCUGGUGUACGGGCCGGGCGGCUCGGCUCCGGGCUUCCAGCACGCCUCGCACCACGUCCAGGAUUUCUUCCAUCACGGCACCUCGGGCAUCUCCAACUCCGGCUACCAGCAGAACCCGUGCUCGCUCAGCUGCCACGGAGACGCCUCCAAAUUCUAUGGCUACGAGGCGCUGCCCAGACAGUCCCUUUAUGGGGCGCAGCAAGAGGCGAGCGUGGUGCAAUAUUCCGACUGUAAAUCCUCCGCCAACACUAACAGUAGCGAAGGACAAGGCCACUUAAAUCAAAACUCGUCUCCCAGCCUCAUGUUUCCAUGGAUGAGACCCCACGCUCCUGGGCGGCGCAGUGGAAGGCAGACUUACAGCCGGUAUCAGACCUUGGAACUAGAAAAGGAGUUUCUCUUUAAUCCAUAUUUGACACGAAAGCGCCGGAUUGAAGUCUCUCAUGCUCUGGGACUGACCGAGAGACAAGUGAAGAUCUGGUUCCAGAACCGAAGGAUGAAGUGGAAAAAGGAGAACAACAAGGAUAAACUUCCCGGAGCCCGAGACGAAGAGAAGGUUGAAGAAGAAGGCAAUGAGGAAGAGGAGAAAGAAGAGGAGGAAAAGGAAGAAAAUAAGGACUAA